UCGUUUUAUCUUUAUCCUCCUUUUUCUCUUUCUUUCACUUUCCCAAUCUUUUUACCCUUCUGAGUUUUUGCCUCUCCAAUGGCGACCAAUCUCCCCGUUUUCCACCCCCUUCCGAUCAGAGCUUCUUCUUCUUCCUCUGCAAAAUCCGAGCCUAAUCGCCGGAAGGCCGCCGCGCCGAAGUGGUGGUCGCCGAUCUUCGGAUGGUCGUCCGAGCCGGACUACGUCGCCGGUUCCGCCGCCGAGCCGGAGCACGAGACCGGACGAGUGAGAUCCAGAUUCACGCCCGGCUGCUUCACGGAGGAGAAGGCGAAGCUGCUCCGCAUGAAGACGCUGGAGAGCUCCACAUUCCAUGAUAUUAUGUACCAUUCCGCGAUCGCGUCGCGUCUCGCCUCCGAUUUGUCGGACAGAUCAGCCAAGAAUUAGAUCUACGAGCUUGCUUACGCAGUGAGGUAAUGUUUUUUUCGAAAUCUGUACUGCUUUUUCUUUUUUCUUUUGUAAAUCGUCGAAACGACCUAAUUUGGGGGAAGAAGGCGAAUCUCUCUUUCCGAAUAAAUUUACCUCUUCGUUUGCCUUCAAGAUCAUUGUGUAGAUUGCAAAACGAAAUGCAACUAUUUUGCGUCUGAUUGUUGAUUGACGACGAUUGAUUC